AUGAGAGAAUUGAAUCGUCGAGAAAUUCUUAUAAAUCAAACUACAGUUAAUUUUCAGGAUAACGGUUAUAAUAGACUUGGUUUAAUAUCGAACUCGAAUAUUCCUUUAAUUAACUCAUUGAAUGAAUUAACUUAUUUAGUUGCCAAUUCUGAAUUAACAAGGGAAACAAUAUCGACUGAUGGUACAUUGGAAAGGUUAAUACAUAUUAUGAAAUCAUGUAAUAUUAAUAUUUUUGAACUCUUAGAGAUAGAUAAAAAAAUCAAAAAUAAAUCAACAAAUCCAAAUGAAUUAAGAAGAUUAGAAAUGUUGAAACAAUCAAUAUUUUCAAGAUAUUCAUGGAAAUGGACUUUAUGCUUACAAUGUCUGGUGCUGACUGGGUCAAGGGGUACAGCAUUCAUUAGAGAAAAGAUAGUUGAAGUUGGGGUGAUACCUAUCUUAGCAACGAUCUUAGAUAAUUAUCUUCUCUUUCACAAACGUUUUAAUAUUAUCAAAUAUGAAAAAUUUCAAUAUUCAAUUUCAACUUUUGAGAGUGAAACUUUUUAUCAAUUAUAUAGAAAAAAUGAUUACGAGAGCUAUGAGGAAUUUCUAUAUUAUUUGGCAGACCCGGCUUUUACCGAUGGAUAUAAUUCUAAACCAGAAAGUGAUACUAAUUGGGGAUCUGAUAUGAACUCUGAUCAAAUCAAGACGGCAAAUUUGGUUAAUAUUGGAUUACAAAAGGCAUUAUUAUUAACUCCAACAAUGAUGGCUGAAACUGAUAUUCCAAAGAUUUGGAAUGAUUCGGAUAAAAUUGAAGAAUCUUAUAGAAACUCAUAUGGUACUGAAUUAUAUUCAACUCAAUUUAAGGAAGACAAACCUUUAGAGACUAACGAUGAUUAUACAACUAACAACAAUUUGUAUUCCAGCAGUCUCGAAAGUAAUGUAGCUGACGACAGUUUUCGAUCUGAAGAACCAUUUUCACAAGAAUAUUUUCAUACACCAUUAAUUGAUUCACCCAGAGAAUUUCUUUUAGGUAGGAUUAUACCAAAGGAUGAUGAUAUCAUAUGGUCAUUACAGUUGUUAGCAUUUUUAUCAAAAUAUCCCUCUUUGAAAGAGCAUCUUUUAGAUGUACAAUUGGUAGAAUCAUUAUCUAUUAGACCUUCUUUGAAUCUGUUCGAAAAACGACUACAGGUAACUCAUCAAAUAACUGAUGAUAUGAGCUUAUUAAAUAUCAAUAAUACUAAGCGCUCCAGCUAUGAAUCUUGCAAUAUGAAACUUAGGGACAAAAGUAGCUCAUCUGAGACAUCUAGUAGUGGCUCAGACUCAAAUAUUCGUGAAGGGAAUCCAGAAAUUGUCUUUGCAUUAUUUCAUAACUUACCACCUGAUAACAAGCAAGAGGAAGCAAAGGAAAAAUUUACAAGAAAGUCUAAGGUUACAUCUUUCAAACUAUUCAACCAUAGAUUUAAAAAUUUUAAAUAUCAUCCAGAUGAUAAAGGCUUAAAUAUAAAUGGUCCGUAUCAAAAGAGGCGUGAAUAUGAGGCUAAGAUAGCAAAGCAAUAUAGAAAAACUCAGAAAAUUAAUUGGGAGAGCCCGGUAAACGCUACAGAAAUGAAUAUUAACAAAGAAUCGAUGAAAUUAAAUAUCUUUCCUCUUGUUGAAAGGUAUACCUCAACUAAAGACAAUACUAAAGAAGCUAAGUAUUGGAGUUCAGUAAUAAUGAGAAAUUAUUGCAGAAAGGAUGAAGUAAUGUGUAUUCGUCAAUGUGGGAAUUUAUUUUGUGGCGAAUGGGAGUCAUAUCCACGUGAAUUUUCCAAAUGCCGUCGUUGCAAAAGAACUAAAUAUUGUUCACGAGAAUGCCAGAUAAAAGCUUGGAAAAAUCACAGACAUUGGUGCCAAGAGGCUUAUCCCUCUACCACAACUACUGGAACUAUUGCUUCUAAUGUGCCAAUUGGAUCUGUCUUACAUACCGUUAGACCCAAUUCAAAUACUAAUGUUACUAAUUUCACUACUAAUAACUUAGUGCCCACUGCCGCUAUUGCUACUGCUACUACUACUGCUACUACAACAACGACUAACACUACUACAACUACUACAACUACUACUGCUUCAAUGGCAACUACAGUAGCCACUGAGGCAUUGUUUUCCAUGGAAGGCUCUAAUGUUCCAAUGACAAUGCUACCCACAAGAAGACUCCAAGAGGCUGUCGAACAACCCAAUCCAAUUGCUAACUUUCUUGAAACUAUUUUUGGUACAGAUAAUAUUGGCGUAGCCAAUGAUAUGAAUUCUGAAGAUAAUUUGAAUACUAUGCUAAAUUUUCGUAGCAAUAAUGAGAUAGAAGAACGAAUAAACAGUCCAAGCAUUGAUUUUGAGGAGCCAGCCCGUGAUGAUUCUAACAGAACGACUAGUAUUUAA